GUGCUCCCCCUUUUCUCUGGCGAUUUUUUCCCCUGCGAAUCUGCGGUGUUCGAAUCAGGUGCUGUGCGGUACUUUCUGCCAGAGUCGGAUCAAAAAAGAGGCCCCAAGAUACCAGAGGCUUCCCCCGGAGCAGAGUGCUCGACGCGUGACACAAGUUACAGAGUAGCAAAGCCGCAGCAAAAUGUAUCGUUUGCUGGUGCAGAAGGCGCUCGCGAACAAUUCGAAACGACCGUCCGCCCAGCUGUUCGCCGCCAGUCGAUCGUACAGUGGAAGCGCACGAAGAUCCAAUCUGCCACCGUUUCAGGAGGCAGGAUUCGGAAAGGUGCUAGUGGUUCUAUCCCCCAUUCUUAUUGGCGGAGGCGUUGUAACGUACGCCAAGUACGAUAAUGAAUUCCGUAAAACUUUGAUUACGAAUGUUCCUGCGCUGGAACCGGUGCUAAAGGCGCUGCUGCAGGAAACGCAUCCUCUGGAUGAGGUUUCCAAAAAGAUGGACGAUAUUAGUAAGACAAUCGGAGAGUACACGUCGACCAUUACUGGUUUCUUCGGUGGCGGAGAAGAGGAAAAGAAGCAGGACAAGAAGCCUGAUUUGCCACCCGUCACUAGAUCCAAGUCGGUUCAUGUGCCCGUACCUUCGCCACCGCUACCAAAACCCGAGCCCAUCAACCUAUCUGAAAAGGUACCUGAGCCACCGAAGAAGAAGGAAGCGGCACCGAAGCCCGUCUCCACUCCGACAACGGCAGCCAAAGCUACCAGCACCGCUUCUGCUGCUAGUGCGGCGGUUGCUCCUGCCAAAAGUGCGGCAGCACCACCGAAACCGGUUCCUUUGUCAUCCGGUGGUGAAGCAGUUCCAAAAUCUAUCAGCGAUCUUGAGCAGCAGGUCGAGGUGGCCGCUACGAUCGCCAUCAAAGAGUAUGCGCACGCUGUCGAUGUGUUGAAAACAUACACUGAGGAAGUUCGUAAGGUGGUUGAUGCAUCGAUCGACAAGCUGGACUCAAGCAGCUGGACCACGCUGCGUAAUCGUACCAGUGCGCGCGACACCGCCCUAGAGGCAGCCGAGAAAGCUGCCGAUCAGGCAAAGGGAAAUAUCGAAAAGCUGCAUUCGCUGUUGAACAGCCGCGAGAUCAAGUGUUCGGAUGAGCUGAAGGAUAAGGCGCGGCAGAAUAUUGCCGCCUAUCUGGACCAUUUGAAGAAGGCAAAGGAUGAAGUUUACGCGGCACGAGAUCUCGCCACGCUCGGUGAAAAGUACUGGAAGCGGGUCGAAUCUGCCCGAAACUACUUUGUGGACGAAAUGGAAUCGCUAUUCCCGGGUAUCAAUCUGUCCGAGCGUAAGCUAAACCUGUCAAAGGAUGAACUGGACCUGUUCAUACUGCACGCAUACACGCAGGUGAUCGCACAUCAGAAGGAGUUGCAAAAGCUGCAAAUCGAGGGCGAUCAAAAUUUGCGCCGUGCGCUAGAGGCCGUACGGGGUUCGGAUCAGGCCGAAGAAGUGAAGGCAAGGCUAGAGUACGAAAUUGCUAAGGAAAAGCGUCAGUUGAAUUUGUUGAACCAGAAAAAGCUGUUGCAUACACGGGCAGAACUGGAGCAGCAGAUGCGCGAUCAGAUAAAGCGCCAAACGGAGGCACACAUUGACCAUCUGAAGGAUGCGCUUACCCAGAAGGAGUUAGAGAUGAAGCGAAAGUUCCAACGGGAGCUGGACGAGAAGAUCACAACGGAGCAGGCUAGUUACAAGUUGCAGCUUGCCGCCAUGCUGGGCAAGCUGAAGGGCAUUCACAAUGCGCUAGUCGAGAUAGAUACCGAAAUGAAAGAACACGCGGACGCCGAGAAAAGCGCACAUCAAGCACAAGCCCUAUGGGGUGCCUGCCAAUCACUGUGGUCUUCGAUUCGUAGCGGCCAGCCAGGAAAAUCGUGGCGCGAUCAACUGCGCCCACUUAAAGAUGAAAUUGCAGCCGUUGCCCGCUCGGCGGAAGGUGACGAACUGGUGGCCGUUGUGUUGAAGGGUUUACCCGAGACGGCCGUUAAACGAGGUGUCUAUCCCGAGGAUGCGCUGCGCGAACGUUUCCUCAAGGUGGAAGAGGUUUCGCGACGUUUGGCCCUCAUUCCCGCCGAAGGUGCGCGGCUGCCAAUGUAUGUGCUAUCCUACCUGCAAGCAGCUCUGAUCGCCCGUCCCGAUAAGCCGAUCUCGCAAGAUGAACUGGAGAACAAACCGUUUGACUUUAGCAAACUGGACACGUACGAUAUUUUGAACCGCGCGCGAUACUGGCUCGACCGAGGUGAUCUGGUAAAGACGGUCCAGUACGUUAAUUUACUGCAAGGUGCUCCGCGCAAGGCCGCUCUGGACUGGUUGAACGAGGCGCGAUUGCUGCUGGAAACGCAACAAGCAGCCGGUACGCUAAUGGCGCAUGCUGCCGCUAGUGGUGUCCGAUUCCUGUGAGGCGACUGAUUACGUAUUAUUUAACACUUGGUCUGCUGAAUGAUUGACCGGCGUAAUUGUUACAUAGCGGAGGGUGAAGAAAGUUCUUUCCCCUAAAGAGCGUUGUUUUGUGUUGUCUAAUUCCCUUUAGUCCUGCCUCGGGUAGUGCAGCCGGAUGCUGCGUAUAGAUGCAAAAGAAAAACAGCCAUUCGGGUAUCUAAUUAAUAUCGUAGAGGAAAGCGGCAUCAAGUAUUGUUAAAGACACAUAUUUUCGUUUCCCCCCUUUCCCAUCACGGUUCCUAGGAUGAUUUUAAUGUUUUCCGUGUAAUCGUUCUGCAGCAAAUGUAAAACUGAUUUACAAAAAAAAGUGGCAUAAUGAUAGGACCGUAUUAAAGCAAACGGUAAAGAUAACAACGCUAGAGCAAGAUGAUGGGCUGCAGAACCAUACGAACAGAACAAGAAAUUUAUUUAAUAAAGUCAGUCAUUUCACAUGGA